GUGGUUAUGGAUAAUGGCAUAGUACAAGUCAACCUAUCAAAUCCAGGAGGACAGGUCACUGGAAUAAAAUAUAAUGGCAUUGACAAUUUGCUUGAAGUUGUUAACAACGAAACUGAUAGAGGCUACUGGGAUUUGGUAUGGAACAUUUCCGGAAGUACGGGAACAAAGGGUUAUACUGAUAGGAUCGAAGGGACAAAUUUGAAGGUAGUUGUGGAUAAUGAAGACCAAGUAGAGCUAUCAUUCACUAGACUGUGGGAUCCCUCACUUGAGGGCAAACUUGUUCCAUUGAAUAUAGACAAAAGGUUCGUGAUGCUUCGUGGUUCCUCGGGAUUCUACUCCUAUGCCAUUUAUGAACGCUUAAAAGAAUGGCCUGCUUUCAACGUGGAAAAUACUAGGCUUGUAUUGAAGCUUAGGAAAGACAAGUUUCAUUUUAUGGCUAUAGCAGACAACAGGCAAAGAUUCAUGCCCUUACCUGAUGACCGGUUACCAGGAAGAGGCGAAGUCCUGGCCUACCCAGAAGCAGUACAACUUGUCGAUCCUAUAGAGCCAGAGUUUAAAGGAGAGGUGGAUGACAAGUACCAAUACUCUUGCGAUGCCAAGGAUAUCGGAGUUCAUGGGUGGAUAAGCAGCGACCCACCCAUGGGGUUUUGGCAAAUCACACCCAGCAAUGAGUUCCGAUCUGCUGGACCUCCCAAACAAUUCCUUACCUCCCACGUCGGCCCCACCUCCCUUUCUGUAUUUCAUAGCGUACACUAUUCAGGAGAUGAAUUGGUAAUGAAAUUUGGACCUAAUGAGGAAUGGAAGAAAGUUUUCGGCCCCGUUUUUAUUUAUCUUAAUUCUUUGACUAAUGAGGGUGGCCAAGAUUUGCUCUGGGAGGAUGCUAAAAACCAGACGAUCAAUGAAGUUAAAGCCUGGCCCUAUGAUUUUCCAGCUUCAGUGGACUUUCCAUCGUCAGAUCAACGGGGUACUGUCAUUGGUCGAUUACUUGUCCUUGAUAGGUAUCUUAAUGAGAAUGCUAUACCUGGAAAUGGUUCUUAUAUUGGAUUGGCACUCCCAGGGGAAGUUGGAUCUUGGCAAAGAGAAUGCAAGGGUUACCAAUUCUGGACCAUCGCUGACGAGAAUGGCCGUUUCAGUAUUGACAAUGUACGUACUGGCGAAUACAAUUUGUAUGCAUGGGUCCCUGGUGUCAUUGGUGAUUACAAAUACAAUGCUGUCCUUCCCAUUACUCCAGGUCUUAGCAUUGAUGUUGGUAAUCUUGUUUAUGAGCCUCCAAGAGAUGGCCCAACAUUGUGGGAAAUAGGCAUCCCAGAUCGUAGUGCUGCAGAAUUCUAUGUUCCCGAUCCUAACCAUUUGUAUAUUAACAAACUUUAUCUCAACCAUCCUGAUAGAUAUAGGCAAUAUGGAUUGUGGGAGAGAUAUGCAGAACUAUAUCCUGAUGGAGACUUGGUUUACAUGAUUGAUGGUGGUGACUAUAGUGAAGAUUGGUUCUUUGCUCAAGUUACUAGGAAUACAGAUAUUAACACAUAUGAAGGAACUACAUGGCAAAUUAAGUUCAAUCUUGACAAUGUUGAUAAGAGUGCAUCCUAUAAAUUACGAGUAGCGCUUGCAACUGCACAUAAUUCCGAUUUGCAAGUUCGAAUUAAUGACCCAGCAGCAAAUCCUCUGUUUUCAAGUGGAGUUAUUGGGAAGGACAACACAAUCGCGAGGCAUGGAAUUCAUGGGCUCUACUGGCUGUUUGAAGUAGAGGUACCAGGAACUCAGGUAGCGAAAGGAAAUAAUACAAUUUUUCUAACACAAGCACACCCAAGUAAUAGCCCUUUCCAGGGACUCAUGUAUGACUACAUUCGUUUGGAAGGUCCCUAUCCUUCAAAUUCUAGCAAGAAUCCUUGA